UGGAGGCGGUUGGUGGGGUUGGCAGGGCUCACGGACGCAGUCCGGGCGGCGGUUUGGGAACUGCGGGUAGGUUUUGUGUAGUGCUCUGUCGUCUCCUGCUCUCUAACGGGGUCGUGGCUGGGCGAAAUUGGACACUGUUUGGAGGUAGAGGAACUAACGUCCGGCGAGCAGGACUCUCGUGGCUGGGCCCAUGGCCUCCUGCGCGAGCAUCGACAUUGAGGACGCCACGCAGCAUCUGCGGGACAUCCUCAAACUGGACCGGCCCGCCGGAGGCUCCAAUGUCGAAAGCCAAAGGCCAUCCAGUGCCUACAAUGGAGACCUCAAUGGGCUCCUGGUCCCAGACCCGCUCAGUUCAGGAGAUGGUAACUCAACAAGCAAACCUGGUAUACGGACCAUGCCACCCAUUAAUCUGCAGGAAAAGCAGGUCAUUUGCCUCUCUGGAGAUGACAGCUCCACGUGCAUUGGGAUUUUGGCCAAGGAGGUAGAAAUUGUGGCCAGCAGUGAUUCUAGCAUUUCCAGCAAGGCGCGAGGGAGCAACAAGGUGAAAAUCCAGCCUGUAGCCAAGUAUGACUGGGAGCAGAAAUACUACUAUGGCAACCUGAUUGCAGUGUCUAACUCCUUCUUGGCAUACGCCAUCAGGGCUGCCAACAAUGGCUCAGCCAUGGUCCGAGUGAUCAGUGUGAGCACUUCGGAGCGGACCCUGCUCAAGGGCUUCACAGGCAGUGUGGCUGACCUUGCAUUUGCACACCUCAACUCUCCACAGCUCGCCUGCCUGGACGAGGCCGGCGAUCUCUUUGUGUGGCGACUGGCUCUGGUUAAGGGCAAAAUUCAAGAAGAGAUCUUAGUCCAUAUCCGGCAACCAGAGGGCACACCGCUGAACCACUUCCGAAGGAUCAUCUGGUGCCCUUUCAUCCCUGAGGAAAGCGAGGACUGUUGUGAGGAGAGUAGCCCAACGGUGGCCCUGCUGCAUGAAGACCGGGCUGAGGUGUGGGACUUGGAUAUGCUUCGCUCCAGCCACAGCACAUGGCCUGUGGAUGUCAGCCAAAUCAAGCAGGGCUUUAUCGUGGUAAAAGGCCAUAGCACGUGCCUAAGUGAAGGAGCCCUUUCCCCUGAUGGGACUGUGCUGGCUACCGCAAGCCAUGAUGGCUUUGUCAAGUUCUGGCAGAUCUAUAUUGAAGGUCAGGAUGAGCCAAGGUGUCUGCAUGAAUGGAAACCUCAUGAUGGGCGGCCUCUUUCUUGCCUCCUGUUCUGUGAUAACCAUAAGAAGCAGGAUCCUGAGGUCCCAUUCUGGAGGUUCCUCAUUACUGGCGCUGACCAGAAUCGAGAGCUGAAGAUGUGGUGCACAGUGUCCUGGACCUGCCUGCAAACCAUUCGCUUCUCCCCAGAUAUCUUCAGUUCAGUGAGUGUGCCUCCCAGUCUCAAAGUUUGCUUGGACCUCUCAGCAGAAUAUUUGAUUCUUAGUGAUGUGCAACGAAAGGUCCUCUAUGUGAUGGAGCUGCUGCAGAACCAGGAUGAGGGCCGUGCUUGCUUCAGUUCCAUCUCUGAGUUCCUGCUCACCCACCCUGUGCUGAGCUUUGGCAUCCAGGUUGUGAGUCGCUGCCGGCUGCGGCACACUGAGGUGCUGCCUGCUGAGGAGGAGAGUGACAGUCUGGGGACUGGUGAGGUGCCCUGGGAGAGUUCCCAUGGAGCUGGUACCUUGGAAUCUGCAGCUGGUGUGCUUAUCAAGCUCUUUUGUGUGCACACUAAGGCACUCCAAGAUGUGCAGAUCCGCUUCCAGCCACAGCUGAACCCUGAUGUGGUGGCCCCACUCUCUACCCACACUGCUCAUGAGGACUUCACAUUUGGAGAGUCUCGACCCGAACUAGGCUCUGAGGGGCUAGCUUCAGCUGCUCAUGGUUCCCAGCCUGACCUCCGACGCAUUGUGGAACUGCCUGCACCUGCAGACUUCCUCAGUCUGAGCAGUGAGACCAAGCCUAAGUUGAUGACACCUGAUGCUUUCAUGACACCCACCGCCUCCCUGCAGCAGAUCUCUGCAUCCCCUAGUAGUAGCAGCAGCAGUAGCAGCAGCAGCAGUAGCAGCAGCAGCAGUAGCAGCAGCAGCUCUCUAACAGCUGUGUCUGCUGUGAGCAGCUCCUCAGCCAUGGACCCCUCCUUGCCCAGUAGGCCACCUGAGGAACUGACCUUGAGCCCCAAACUGCAGCUAGAUGGCAGCCUGACUAUAAGCAGCAGCAGCAGCCUGCAGGCAAGCCCUCGGAGCCUCCUUCCGGGCCUGCUCCCAGGCCCAGCUGACAAACUAAUUCCCAAGGGACCUGGUCAGGUAUCUACUGGUGCUUCUGCACUAUCCUUGGAUUUGCAGGAAGUGGAACCAUUAGGGCUACCCCAGGCCUCCCCAAGUCGCACACGUUCUCCUGAUGUGAUCUCCUCAGCAUCCACUGCCCUGUCCCAGGACAUCCCUGAAAUUGCAUCUGAGGCCCUAUCCCGUGGCUUUGGCUCCUCUGUACCUGAGGGCCUCAUUGAGCCAGACAGCAUGGCCUCAGCUGCCUCAGCACUACACCUACUGUCUCCUCGGCCCAGGCAAGGCCCUGAGCUUAGUUCUCAGCUUGGUCUAGAUGGAGGCCCUGGGGAUGGGGAUAGGCAUAGUACCCCUUCCCUACUGGAAGCAGCCUUGACCCAGGAAGUUGCAACCUCUGACAGUCAAGUCUGGCCUACAGCACCUGACAUUACUCGUGAGACCUGUAGCACACUAACAGAAAGCCCCAGGAAUGGCCUCCAGGAAAAGCACAAAAGCCUGGCCUUCCACAGGCCACCUUAUCACCUGCUGCAGCAACAUGACAGUCAGGACACAAGUGCUGAGCAAAGUGACCAUGACGAUGAGGUUGCCAGCCUUGCCUCUGCUUCAGGAGGUUUUGGCAGCAAAAUUCCUACUCCACGGCUGCCUGCCAAGGAUUGGAAAACCAAGGGAUCCCCUCGGACUUCACCUAAGCUCAAGAGGAAAAGCAAGAAGGAUGAUGGGGAUUCAGCUGUGGGAUCUCGGCUCACCGACCACCAGGUGGUAGAGCCCCCUGAAGACUGGCCAGCACUAAUUUGGCAGCAGCAAAGAGAGCUGGCAGAACUAUGGCACAACCAAGAAGAGCUGCUACAGCGUCUUUGUGCCCAACUUGAAGGUCUUCAGAGCACUGUCACAGACCAUGUAGAACGUGCCCUGGAGACACGGCAUGAGCAAGAGCAACGGCGACUGGAGCGGGCACUGGCUGAGGGGCAGCAACGGGGUGGGCAGCUGCAGGAGCAGCUGACACAGCAGCUAUCCCAGGCUCUGUCUUCAGCUGUGGCUGGGCGGCUAGAGCGCAGCAUAAGGGAUGAAAUCAAGAAAACAGUCCCUCCAUGUGUCUCCAGAAGUCUGGAGCCUGUGGCAGGCCAACUAAGCAACUCAGUGGCUACCAAGCUUACAGCUGUGGAAGGCAGCAUGAAAGAGAAUAUCUCUAAGCUACUCAAGUCCAAGAACUUAACAGAUGCCAUUGCCCGCGCAGCUGCAGACACGCUACAGGGACCAAUGCAGGCUGCCUACCGAGAAGCCUUCCAGAGUGUGGUGCUGCCGGCUUUUGAGAAGAGUUGUCAGGCUAUGUUCCAGCAAAUCAAUGACAGCUUCAGGCUGGGCACACAGGAAUAUUUGCAGCAGCUGGAGAGUCACAUGAAGAGCCGAAAGGCACGUGAACAAGAAGCUAGGGAGCCUGUGUUGGCCCAGCUUCGGGGCCUGGUCAGCACACUGCAGAAUGCCACUGAGCAGAUGGCGGCCACUGUGUCUAGCAGUGUUCGGGCCGAGGUGCAACACCAGCUGCAUGUGGCUGUGGGCAGCUUGCAGGAAUCAAUCUUAGCACAAGUACAACGCAUUGUCAAGGGUGAAGUGAGUGUGGCAUUGAAGGAGCAGCAGGCCACUGUCACUUCCAGCAUCAUGCAGGCUAUGCGCUCAGCUGCUGGCACACCUGUCCCCUCUGCCCACCUUGACUGCCAGGCCCAACAAGCCCAUAUCUUGCAGUUACUGCAGCAGGGCCACCUCAAUCAGGCCUUCCAGCAGGCUCUGACUGCUGCUGAUCUCAACCUGGUGCUGUAUGUGUGUGAAACUGUGGACCCAGCCCAGGUUUUUGGGCAGCCGCCCUGUCCACUGUCCCAGCCCGUUCUCCUUUCCCUAAUCCAGCAGCUAGCAUCUGACCUUGGAACUAGAAGUGACCUCAAGCUCAGCUACUUGGAAGAGGCUGUGAUGCACCUGGACCACAGCGAUCCCAUCACUCGAGACCACAUGGGCUCUGUCAUGGCUCAGGUGCGCCAGAAGCUCUUCCAGUUCCUGCAGGCUGAUCCACACAACUCACUUGGCAAAGCUGCCCGCCGCCUCAGCCUAAUGUUACACGGCCUUGUGACCCCUAGCCUCCCUUAGCCAUUUAAACAGGGAUGGGGUGACACUGAAGGCCAGUUGGCAGGUUUAGGUCAAGGCAGGGCCGUGUCUGCUGUUUUCCUGCUCAGGCCUUCAUCUCUGGUGUUUGGAGGGAGGUAAGCAGCCGGGCACACUGGCAGUGGUCUACUGAUUGUGGUAACCAGCAGGGUUAGGCUGGGCCCAGGGCAGGUAUUGUGCCUUCUUGGGUCCUGCCAUGCCUGAAGCAUGACCCCAAGAUCGUGACACCACUUGAGUUGAAUUUUCCAUGUUCCUUUUUACCUCUAAUUUGGAUCUUUUUGUUUUUGAAAAACAUUGAGAAAUUCAAUUAAAGGCUUUUGGAAUAAAAGAAAGUAUGUGUGUGGUUUA